CCACCACUGCCAUCUGCUCUUUCAUCGAGCCAGGCCACUCGUGUGCACAAAAGCAUCUACGAGCAGGAUCACCGCUAGGCCUCCAAUACCUCGUGCGCGUACAUUUCUCUCCGCAGUCAAACACUCGCGACACCCCACACUCGCACACAUGGCCGGCCUCCUCGCUGCAUUCAACGCGUCGCUCAUCCGCAAGCCGAUGGUCACCCAGUGCGUGACGUCUGCCGUGCUCUUCGGCGCAGGCGACGUCCUCGCGCAGCAGGCGUUUGAGAAGAAGGGCAGGGACCACGAUUUCAUGCGGACAGCGCGUCUCUCGUUCUACGGCGGUGCGAUUUUCGGGCCCGUCAUUACGAAGUGGCUGCAAUUCCUGGAACGCCUCAAGUUCGCCUCGCCCACCAGGGCCGUCGCCUAUCGGGUCUACCUCGACCAGGGUGUCUUCACGCCAAUGGUUGUGGGCAUGUUCUUCAGCUCCAUGACGCUCCUCGAGGGCAAGAGCGUGCGCGACGUGAAGGAGCGGAUACAGGAGGCGUACACGCCCACACUCAUCCGCAACUGGGGCGUCUUCAUCCCCACGCAGAUCAUCAACUUCGCGGUCGUGCCGCCGCACCUGCGCUUCGUCACCGUCGGCGUCGUCUCCCUCUUCUGGAACGCGUACCUGAGCUCUGUGAACGCGGCGAAGCAGGUGGAGGCCAGCCCCGUGGCGGAGGACGCGUCGGACGACGUCGUUGUCGUCGGCGCGGACGAAAAGAAGACGCAGUGAGGGGUGCUGUCGCCCUAAGGUGCCUGCCCCGACGGUUUAGAGCCCUUCGCGCACAUCUAUACCUUUGUGUACAUACCCGCUAAUCCCCC